UUCAUCUCAGCAGAGCCGCACUACAGAGAGUGAGGAUGUGAGUCCGACACGUUUCUAAAGACUCCACAUCUCCUCUCAUGGACGCUACAGGAUUAACCCGACCUGCAGCACUUCUCUGGAUACACAUUUCUCCCCAAAAUACCGACAUCUUCCUCUUUUUCUUUCUAUCCAUUUUUUGUCUAAUGUGUUCUUCUUGUCACGUUGACGGACAGGGGAAGUUUCCUCCUAUGAAGAUCUGCCUAAGAAGAAGCGGCUUUCGCAUCACUCCAGCUCUGUAAUCUCUACAUGUAUUUUUAAUAAUAUAUAUAAUUUUUUACAAAGUGUUUUUUUUAUUAUUAUUUAAAUGAGUGUCUGGAGCAGGUCCUGAAUCUCAGUGCUGAAGGUGUGCAUGUGCUGCUUAAGUAGUUAAUUCAUGGAGGAAUCAAACGGAUUUCUUUACAGUCCAUGAGGACAGAAUAUCGGCUUUUUUUCCCCGGAAGUUGUUUUUGCUUGUUUGUUUGUUUGUUUGUUUGUUUGUUUGCCCUCUCGGAGAAUAUCAGUGAAGCAGCUCGGGGAAAAUCAUGAACAGCGUCACGGAGCUUGAAGACGGACCGCAGCACAAGGCUCAGAGGAGGAGUUGUAGUUACCUUCUGUGCACCAUCCUGCUAUUCAUUGCCGUGCUACUGGCUCUCACGGUAACAGGCACCAUACUCUUAAUGAACCACUCCCAGACACCUCCAUCCCCCGAUGCGCCGCCACUCAUCACUACUAAUCAAGAUGAAGGCAACGCCCUGGUGACUGUAGAAAGAGGCGAUGGCUCCCGCAUUAACAUCUUCAUCGAGCCCAACUGCCCCGAUUACAACAGCAACUUCCUGAGACUGGAGGGGGUCCAGACGUCACUGCUGCACUCGCUCAGCCACCAUGACACAGACCUGAAGUCGGUAAAGGGACAGGAGAGAGGUCUUCUCGUCCAACUGGCGGAGGAAAUCGCUAAGCUGUCAGCCCAUAUUAACCAGAUGAAGGCAGAGUACAGCGCACUGAGGCAGGGCCAGACCAGCAUCAGCCAGGAGAUCAGCAUGCUGCAGACUGAGCAGGCCAGACUUGUCCAGCUGUUGUCAGAGACUCAGAUCAACAUGAUGAAGGUUGUGAACUCUUUGCGUGACUUGCUCGACUCAGUGCACAAGGACUCUGGUAGCGAGAGGGGUCUCCUGAAGGCUGAUCUGCUUCAAAGGGCCCCGGCACGCAAUGGCGUCCGACCCAGAGGCUGUGCCAGAGGAGACGACUCCCAACCGAGAGACUGUAGUGACAUCUAUGCCAGUGGACAGCGAGAAGACGGGAUCUAUUCCGUGUUUCCUAUUCACUUCCCAUCAGGCUUCCAGGUUUACUGUGAUAUGAGCAGUGAUGGAGGUGGCUGGACGGUGUUUCAGCGCAGAGAAGAUGGUUCUGUCGACUUCUACAGGGACUGGGCUGCGUAUCGUGAGGGCUUUGGGAAGAUCACAGGAGAGCACUGGCUUGGUCUGAAGCGGAUUCAUGCACUGACCAUUCAGGCUAAUUAUGAGUUGAGGAUUGACCUGGAGGACUUUGAGAACAGCACUUCGUUCGCGCACUAUGGAUCCUUUGGCGUAGGAUUGUUCUCCGUCGACCCGGAUGAGGACGGCUACCCAUUGACUAUAGCGGACUACUCAGGAACCGCUGGGGACUCAUUGCUCAAACACAACGGCAUGAAGUUCACCACAAAGGACAAGGACAACGAUCACUCGGAGAACAACUGUGCCUCCUUCUACCACGGAGCCUGGUGGUACCGCAAUUGCCACACGUCCAACCUGAAUGGACAGUACCUGCGCGGUCAGCACUCGUCCUACGCCGACGGCAUCGAGUGGUCCUCUUGGACGGGUUGGCAGUACUCUCUAAAAUUCACAGAGAUAAAAAUCAGGCCUACGUGUGAGGAAAAUUAGUGAGGAAAGACACUAAAAGAAUGCUACUUAUGGAAAAGAGGUGGACUACAUGCCACUAAGUACAGACGAAAAAAUGUACAAUGAUGUGAUCUCUCUGAAAAAUGUUUUGACUAUAAUUCUCAGAGUGAUUAGCCCAGUCUCAACUAUUCCUCACUCUAACACUCACAACGACACUCUAAAGGAAAAGAGCACAAUUACUGAGACUUUUACCAGAGUUGUGAUGCUGUGUCCUCCUUCAUCGAACAGCAAUGUGAAGGUGCCUCUAUGGAAAUAAUCCAAAAACACCCCCCCAAGUCAUUUUGAAAGGUGUGCUCCACUGCUGUGGAGUGGAGUACUAUGAAUGUCUUUAUUGUUGCUGACAGAGCAUAGUGGACUCUUUGCGGUACGUCCUCCUCUUUUUAAUAGAAUAAAUGGCCUCUAAAUAGUUUAGCGACUCCAGAGCUUCACUUUGUUCACUUUGUAAAUGAACAUCUGCACAUUCACUUCUCCAUGCAUCAGGGAAAUUGUAGCCUUUUUCCACCAACACUCUGUUUGUGCUGGUUUAGGAGCUGUGUGUGUUUUUUUGUUUGUUUUUUUAUCAAACUUGAACAAAUAGCUAAAUCAGCUGCAUCUACAACUCAUUUUGAGUCAGUAUCAGUCAAAAGAUUGUACACCUUCUCCUUAAUUGUUUUUUAUUACUUUUUAUAAUUUUGAACAUUGUAUAUUAGUACUGACGACAUCCAAACUUUCAAACUAUGAAAGAACAGGUAUGAAAUUAUGUAGUAAACAAAUAUGUGUUGAUUAACCCAGAACAUGUUUAAUAUUUUGAUUCUUUACCUUUUAUUUUGAUGACAGCUUGGCACACACAUAGCUUUUUUUCCAUCAGACUCAUGAGGUAAUCAUCUGGUACAAUUUUCAAACAAUCGUAAGAAAUUCCCAGAGGUGUUGAGUGCUUGUUGGCUGCUUUUCCUUUACUCUCUGGUCCAGUUUAAUUCAAAACCAUCAUAACUUGAUUUAGAUUGGAUGAUUGUGAAUGCCAGGUCACCUGAUGCAGCACUCCAUCACUCUCCCUGAACGAAUAGCUCUUGCAUAACCUAGAGGUAUGUUUGGGGUCAUUGUUAAAAAACAAACUAUGGUCUCACUAAGUGCAAACCAGUUGGGAGGACAUGUCGAUGCAAAAUGUGCCCUCUGUUUUGAUUAAAUUCUCAAAUUCUUUUCUUCCUUUCCCUUUCUUUGGACAAUCGAAAAUAUAAAACAUAUUCUGGGUUGUUCACCACUUAUGUUUACUGCAUAAUUUCAUACAUGUUCUUUUGAAAAUGUUGAAAAUAAUAAAUAUUAAGAAAAGAAACUAUGUAUAUUAUCUACAUUGUCUGAAAUUAGACCCCGAGAAGACAAAUAUUAUCAAAAUGAGUGUGUGUAAGUACAUGUAUGUGUCUGCUAAGAUAUAAACAAAUAUAAAUGUGAUAUUCAGAUUGAACAGAAUGUUCCAAAUACAGAUGAGUAUAGGGGUGCACCCUUAGAACACGCUUAGCAUUCAGCUACAGGACACCACACACACAUUUAUACACUUUAUCAUAUAACAAUUUCAAAUGAGAGACAGAAGACCUGCAAAAUACCUGGAAAGUAAGGUGUAAAGAAAGCUGAGGACACAGUGGAAACACAUGGUUAGGACACUCCACACAGACAGCAUCAGGGAACCAUGAGAUGGGAAUUCAACCUGAAGUACCGCUGUUCUCUUCAUGUCAACAGAGCAUAAGAGAAUAUACUGUACAUAUACUUUUUAAUAUCAUUUGGAUGAUUUUUACUGACAGACAUCACUAAACAAUCCCAGCAAUUUGUACGCCAUUAUUUGACAUAAUUUUGCCUGUUCCUACAAAGUCCCUGACACAGCAUCCGCUCCAGCACCAGCACCAGCAGUGUGUCAGUGGAAAAGGGGUCUGCUGACAGUUUUGUUCUUUGUCUGUCCAGUAAAUGUUACUGUGAAACAUACCCAUACAUAACAUUUGCUCAAGUUUCACAAAGUUAGAUCAGAAGAAAAGAACAAGCACAAACUAACUUGGAUCGGUCAGAGCUUUAAAAUCACAAAGACUUCUAAGAAAAAAAAAACAGUUAUACCAGUAAAACUGAGGUCUGCUGGGGAUUUUUAGGCUUUGUUUUGACACUGAAGAAAAAGUAAAGCACAGUAUUGUGGCCAUUUCAUUCUAUUUGUGUUUGUGCCAUAAAAUUGCAUAACAUUGUUAAAUAAUAUUGUUAAAUAAAAAUGAUUUUAUUAA